AUGGUUCAGCAGCCCAAGGCCUUCAUCCACCGCCUCACCUACAAGGCAGCCAAGGCCCAGAAGACCGUCGUCAUCGUCGGCGGCUCGUAUGCCGGCAUCUUCCUGGCCCGACGGCUCUGCGAGAUGCUCCCAGGCGACUACAAGGUCGUCAUGGUGGAAAAGAACAGCCAUUUUCACUCCUUGUUUAUCCUCCCACGGUACUGCGUCGUACCAGGCCACGAGCCCAAGGCGUUCAUCCCGUAUGACGAGAUCCUGUGCGACGGCCGCGGCGGCACGCCCACGGGCAUCUUUGAGAGGAGGCAGGACACGGUUGUGGAGGUCACAGAGGACGGCUCGGUCAGGCUCGCCUCGGGCGAGGUGCUCUCCUGCGAGUUUCUCGUCUUCGCCACGGGGACGUCAUCUCCUCGCCCCUCCAAGGUCGCGUCGGCGGACAAACAUGGUGCCUGCGAGGAGCUAAGGGCCACACAGCACAGCGUCCUCGAGGCCCAGUCCAUCGCGGUCGUGGGCGGCGGCGCUGUCGGGGUCGAGCUGGCCACGGAUAUUGCCAGCUUCUAUCCAGACAAGAGAGUGACCUUGUUCCACUCGAGGGACAGGUUGAUGGUUGGGUAUGGCGAGAGGCUUCAUGAGCGGACCAUGGAGGGCAUGAGGGACUUAAAGAUCGAGACCCGUCUUGGCGUGCGCCCGAAGUUCAUGGCUGUGGAUGUCGACGGAGCAGGGAAGGAGAUGCAAGCGCUGCAGCUCCCUAACGGCUCAGUAGAGAACUUUGAUCUGGUAAUACCUUGCACAGGCCAAAAGCCGAAUUCGGGGCUCUUGAGAGAUGUCCUGCCAGAUGCUGUCGAUUCAGCCUCUGGUAGGAUCCGCGUUCAUCCUACACUGCAGAUAGACUCUUCCACUGGUGGCAUUGAUCACUGGUUUGCCCUAGGCGAUGUAGCCGAUACGAAGGGACCAAAGAUGGGCCGGGCUGCCAUGAUGCAGGCACAGGUGGUGGCCGGUAAUAUCAUGACUAUGAUCAAGGGCUCGAGGCCCCGUCAGGUGUAUAAGCCAUGGCCGACAGUCGAAGGUGCCAUCCAUCUAACAUUGGGCAUGACCGCUGCUGCGCUCUAUUCGACGGAUGGGAAGGGAAAAGAGAGUCUGAUCAAUGCCAAUAAUGGCCAAGAGGAUGGAGAGGCACCAAAGCUAUGGUGGCUAAUGGGAGCCAAAUAUAAUGAAGACUUGGCCAUGAAGGAAGUGUGA